AUGGCCAUGAUACCCGAUGACCCCACUAAUGGGUUUCACCAUGACAACGUCUUGGCUUUUAUCAACGAGCAGAUGGCAAGGCACCCUAAAGGGCCCGAGUUCUAUCUUGAAAACCUAUCUUUGUCUUGGGAAGAGAUAGAGGACAAAUUCAGGGCCAUCUUAGAGGAUCGCACAGUGCCCAGAGAGGUCCAGGAAGCCUGUGCCUGGAGCAGCCUGGCCUUGGGCGUGCGUUUCGCUCGCAGGCAGAGUUAUUUACAGGAGCACCGGGUGCAGUGGCUUCAUGAGUUUGCUAGACUGCACAAGUCGGCAGCCAACGCCUUGGCCUCAGACCUGAAGCAGCUCUCAGAGCAACAGGAGACAGAGCGCAGGGAGGCCGCAUUCCAGCUGCGGGUGAUCCGGACCAAACUGGCAGAUGUGCAGAAAGAACGUGACAUGCUCAAGCGCAAGCUCCUCCAAGCAGAACUGAAGGCACUCCCAAUAGCAGAGGGACCCAGCCUACCCACUAAUGUGAUCAUGGCUACUGCCAGUGCCGCUACCACUGCUGGAGGGGCAGGAACUGAGAUGCAAGGAGUAAGUGAUAAGGAAGAUGUGGCAGAUAUGGAAAUUUCUACCACAGAUGUCGGAGGAAGUAAAGAGGAGAUGGAUUCAGCAACAUCCGAGGUCCCUCAGGCGGGAGAAGGAACCCUCAUGAAGCUUCUGGGGGCUAUGGAGUGGAAAAAUUACCCUUUUGGUGGACAAAGGGAGGGGAAUAUAAGAGCUCCUGAGAAGGCUAACUUUUCUCACUCAGGAACCCCGAAUACAAGGCGCACAGCUUCCCCUGAGCCCCUUACUGUACAACUCCCUGCAUCAUUCACAUACUCCUAUGAAAGCCCCUUCCAAGUCUCCCCAUCAACACCACCAAUCAUGGGCAUUGCACCUUUAACUCCAGUGCCUUCUUACUUCAUGACUCCUGAUAUUAGUCUAAUUUCUGAUAUGGGAAUCACUGGAGCAGACUUUGAUGAACUUCAGGACAGGAAGGACUCAGAUACCCAGCAAGAGAGAAAACUUCCUAUCUUUCGACGUCCUGGGGACUGGGAUUGUCCAUGGUGUAAAGCAGUGAAUUUUUCACGGAGAGAAAAUUGCUUCCGCUGUGGGAGGGGAAUCUGGCUGCAAAGCCCUUAG